AUGCGUGUUCCUGAUGAGAUAAGAGCCACACUUGUAGACCACAUUCUCAAUCAUGGGCUUACAAUGGCCGAGGCUGGUCGAAGGGUGCAGCCAAAUGUUGGGAGAACAACUGUGUCCUCAAUCAUUCAGACUUUUCGUCAACAGAACAGGACUGCAAGACAACUUCACAGGGCUGGCAGAGGGCCCCUUUUCACACCUGAACAGGAGGAGGCUAUUUGCACCAUGGUUGUAGAAAACAAUGCCAUAAGACUAAGGGAGAUAAAGAGUGCCAUUAUAGAGGACAACAACAUCUUUGAAAACAUCCAAACAGUCAGCAUCUCAACCAUUGACAGGGUGCUGAAAAGACACCAAAUGAAUAUGAAGCAGCUGUACACUGUUCCAUUUGGAAGAAAUGGUGAAAGAGUGAAGGAGCUGCGCUACCAGUAUGUACAGCGUAUAAUGGAACUGGAAGCAAGUGAACCACCGCACAGCUUCAUCUACAUGGAUGAGGCUGGCUUCAACCUAACGAAACGCAGAAGGCGUGGUCGAAAUAUCAUCGGCCACAGAGCUACAGUUGAUGUGCCAGGCCAACGGGGCGGGAACAUAACCAUGGGUGCUGCUAUCUCUGAGAAUGGUGUGCUAACACAUAUUCCCAUUAUUGGGCCAUACAAUACAGAGCAUCUUGUCACCUUUUUAGACGCUCUCUACAGGGAUCUCAUCCCUGAACAAGAGAGGGGUCAGAUUGGAGAUGACCUGCCAAAGUACGGAAUUUUCCUCUGCAUGGAGGUGGAAAGUAUAUGA